AUGGAGCACACGCACGCCCACCUCGUCGCCAACAGCUCGCUGUCUUGGUCCCCUGGCUCGGUCUGCGGCUUGGGCUUCGCGCCCGUGGUCUACUACAGCCUCUUGCUGUGCCUCGGUUUACCAGCAAAUAUCCUGACAGUGAUCAUCCUCUCUCAGCUGGUAGCUAGAAGGCAAAAGUCCUCCUACAACUAUCUCUUGGCACUUGCUGCUGCUGAUAUCUUGGUCCUCUUUUUCAUUGUGUUUGUGGACUUCCUAUUGGAAGAUUUCAUCUUGAACAUGCAGUUGCCUCAGGUGGCCAAUAAGAUCAUAGAAGUGCUGGAAUUCUCAUCCAUCCACACCUCCAUUUGGAUUACUGUUCCAUUAACCAUUGACCGGUAUAUAGCCGUCUGCCACCCACUCAAGUACCACACGGUCUCCUACCCAGCCCGCACCAGGAAAGUCAUUGUAAGUGUUUACAUCACCUGCUUCCUGACCAGCAUCCCCUACUACUGGUGGCCCAACAUCUGGACUGAAGACUACAUCAGCACCUCCAUGCAUCAUGUCCUUAUCUGGAUUCACUGCUUCACUGUAUACUUGGUGCCCUGCUCUAUCUUCUUCAUCUUGAACUCAAUCAUUGUGUACAAGCUCAGGAGGAAAAGCAAUUUUCGCCUGCGUGGCUACUCUACAGGGAAAACCACUGCCAUCUUGUUCACCAUUACCUCCAUCUUUGCCACACUCUGGGCCCCCCGCAUCAUCAUGAUUCUCUACCACCUCUAUGGGGCGCCCAUCCAAAACCGCUGGCUGGUGCACAUCAUGUCCGACAUUUCCAACAUGCUGGCCCUCCUGAACACAGCCAUCAACUUCUUCCUCUACUGCUUCAUCAGCAAGAGGUUCCGCACAAUGGCGGCUGCCACACUCAAGGCCUUCUUCAAGUGCCAGAAGCAACCUGUACAGUUUUACACCAACCAUAACUUUUCCAUAACAAGUAGCCCCUGGAUCUCGCCGGCCAACUCACACUGUAUCAAGAUGCUGGUGUACCAGUAUGACAAAAAUGGAAAACCUAUAAAAGUAUCCCCAUGA